AAAGUAUCAGCUGUUGGACUAGAUCAUUCUAAAGAUGCGUCACUCCUUCCUGAGAACAGAGCUAAGAACAGAUACACUAACAUACUGGCCUACGAUCACUCGAGAGUCAAACUUGAGAGCAUCGACGAUGAACCAGGAUCAGAUUACAUCAACGCAAACUACAUACCAGGUUACAGGAUGCGUAGAGCCUAUAUAGCAACACAGGGACCUCUACCAUCGACCUUUGAUGAUUUCUGGAGGAUGACAUGGGAGCAGAAUUCGCACGUUAUUGUAAUGCUGACUCAGCUCGUUGAAAGAGGAAGGACGAAAUGUCAUCGCUAUUGGCCCGGAGCACAGCCGGAAGUUUAUGGAGAAAUAAACGUCGACAUGUUGAGCGAGACUGAGAAGAGUGACUGGAUAGUGCGGAAGUUCAAGAUCACAAAAGAGAAGAGAAGCCGUACAAUAACACACUACCAGUUUGUAUCAUGGCCUGAUCAUGGAGUCCCCGAUGAAGCUGGACCUGCUCUGGAUUUUGUACGGGAAGUACACGAAGUGGCUUCGUCAGCUUUUGGACCUGUUAUAGUCCACUGCAGUGCUGGUGUAGGUCGUACAGGAACAUUCAUAGCACUGGGUACACUGCUCCAGCAUAUUAAGGAUCAUGACUGGGUUGACCUCUUUGGAUUGGCUAGCGAAAUGAGACAGCAUCGUAACCACAUGAUCCAGACCGAGCCUCAAUACGUCUUCAUUCAUAAAGCAAUGGUUGAUGCUUGCAAGAGCAGCAUGAGCAAGUUUGGUGGUGGCAUUAAAGUAUUACCCAGUUUUCCAAUUUACUCGAACUUUGGUCCUGCAUCACAGCUGAGCGAUUUUUAUGGUGACAUGCUAAGCGAAGAGGCUUCCUAUCAAUACCAGAAGACUUCAGGAAAUGGAAAAACUUAUGAUGAAUCAACUUUCUAAAUUAUUAUUAUAUCAUUCAUCAGUACCUCAUAAUCAUUUCACACACAUUAUUAUUAAUAUUAUUAUUAUUAUUGUGUAUUACAGUCUUAAAUAUUUACUAUUGUCUUUUCCAUGUCUCCUACUUAAUUCAUUUUGUGUUUAUUUUUGUUACUGAUCGUGCCAUAUUAUUAUUAUAUAGCGUUAUCAUUAUUGUAGUGAGUAUUAUCAAGAUUAUGUAAUUUUUGUUGUCAGAUCAUUUGUUAAAAGUCAUAAUUAUUAUUUAUGUGAAAUAGUGAUGAUGUUUAUAAGAUAAAAACACCGGGUUUCAUUUUUGAAUGCUACUAUAUAUAGUUUUAAAUUUCAAUUAUAAAUAAAACUAGAAAACGAUAGCACAUGACAUCAUGUACUCUUAAAAA